UUGUAUCAAAACAGCCUUAACAAUCAGUCGUAAUGAUAUAAAGUAAUUGUUUCAACGCUACGCCAAUUCAUUUUGAUAGCUUGAGUGAUUUCGUCUAGUCAAGAUAAAAUUGAAAUACGCUUAUUUCCAUAUUUCGAAAAAUCAUCGCCAGAAAAAUUGUUCAGAUGUAAUUAAAUCAUUUCUGCUCUCUGUUCGUAUGUUUAGAGUUGCAUCAAUAUAAGAAAGUGAGAAAAAUCGCAUUUGCAUAAGGUAGAAGCCCUCACGCACGAAAAUGACGGAAUCCUAUGGAACACAAGCAGCUCAUGCUAAUGACAACACAAAGGAAGCCAUACCUGUAUCUUUAAGAGUGCCGAAAAUAUCAUGUUGUAGCCGAUUUACACAAUUCCUGUCAAUCUAUUGGAAGUCAUUGCUCAUCGUUUUAACACCGAUUGUCUUACUGCCUAUUAUUCUGCUUAACGAUAUACCUGAACAUAGAUGUAUGUACGUUACACUAUUGAUGACGGUUUAUUGGUGCUUUGAAGCCCUGCCAUUACCGGUCACAUCAAUGUUACCCUUAGUCCUAUUUCCAACACUUGGCAUUCUUGAUACCGAUGCAACAUGCAAAAACUAUAUGAAAGAUGCUAUGUUGCUGUUCAUGGGUGGUAUGAUCAUAGCAUUGGCCAUACAGUACAGCAAUUUGCACAAACGUGUGGCAUUGAAGAUGAUUUCGAUCAUUGGAUGCAGUCAGAGAAAAUUGAAUUUCGGUUUGAUUGCCGUAACCAUGUUUGUAUCUAUGUGGAUUUCAAAUAUAGCCGCCACUGCAAUGAUAAUUCCAAUCGUGCAAGCUGUAUUGGAGGAAUUUGAAGCGCAAGGACUUUGUAAAAUGUACGAAGACGAUAGUCCGCAUGCUAAAGAAGAAGGAGUGUGUGCCAAUAAGAAGCCAACCAAAAUUACUAUAUGUUACUACAUAGGCACUGCUUUUGCCGCCUCGAUUGGGGGUUGCGGUUCAAUUAUUGGUACCGGGACAAAUUUGGCUUUCAAAGGCAUUUACGAUUCGUUAUUCCCAGAUGAUGAAAUUUCGUUUGUGAAGUGGAUGAUCUACAAUAUUCCAGUAAUGCUAAUCAAUACGUUCUUUACAUGGAUGUACUUGCAAUGGUAUUUCAUGGGAAUGUUCCGACCGAAUAGCAAAGAAGCCAAACAAUUUCAAUUGGGAAAAGACGGCGAGGAAGUUGCUCGACAAGUCAUUAUCAAACGUUACAAUCAAUUGGGUCCAAUUACUCAACAAGAAAUCCAGGUUGCGUUAUUGUUCUUGUUAUUAAUUGCGUCAUUGAUCUUUCGUGCUCCAGGUUUUAUCACUGGUUGGGCUAAGCUCAUUACAAAAACAAAAAUUGGCGAUGCAGUUCCAGCUAUGUUCGUGGUAAUCGCUUUGUUUGUGCUGCCAGCCAAUUGGAAUUGGUUGAAAUUCAUAAUUGGUAGACAAGAAAAUUUGCCAAAGGCAGCAACACCAGGCUUAAUAAGUUGGAAGUAUAUCAACUCGAAUAUUCCAUGGGGCUUGAUUUUCCUAUUGGGAGGUGGAUUUUCUUUAGCAAAAGGUAGCAGUGAAUCGGGAAUGUCAAAGAUGUUGGGCACCCAUCUGUCGGGCCUUUCAAACUUGCCACUGUGGUUGGUGCUGCUUUUGGUUUGUCUAUUUUCACAAAUCGUCACAGAAUUCGCACAAAAUACUGCUGUUGCAAAUGUGAUAUUGCCAAUUUUAGCUGAGAUGGCCUUGCAAAUGAGAGUCCAUCCAUUGUAUAUCAUGCUCCCAGCAGCUGUCUCGUGUUCAAUGGCAUUCCAUACACCAGUUGGAACACCACCAAAUGCAUUCGUUACCGGACUUGCAAAUAUUGGUAACAAGGACCUUGCAAUUGCUGGAAUUGGGCCAUCCCUAGUGUCACUGUUUACAAUUUGGUUGUCAAUGCCAAUGUAUGCUUCAUUGGUCGUUUAUCCAGGACUUCAGGGCUUCCCGGAUUGGGCUGUACAAAUGGUAGCCAAUAAAGCAGUUGUUGAUGUUGUGCCAAUCUUGAAUGCAACACUACACUAAAGAAAUCGUUUAUAAACAAAACUUAAUAGAAUUGUUGUUAUUGAAAAUGUUUCUUUGUUGAUUAUAAUGUUUUAUUAUUCAAUAUAAGCAGUCUAAAAUUUCCGAGAGAAGCGAGCAAAAAAAUUAUAGACAUUUCUCUUUAUUAGUUUGUUGCCGGAAUAAAAGAUACAAUUUGUUUAUAAGAGUACUCAUUUCUCAUAAUAAAGAUAUCACAUGCA